CUACGGUUGUACUGACUGCUAGUAGUGUAAUCCAGCGACAUGUCCUCAGAAUAAGAUGUUUGGAAAGGUGCCAAACGAAACAGAGGUAGCUACUCAUCUAGCCCAGGAGACUCGAGCGGAUACUCCGAUCUUAGAACCAUCGACUCAUGUUGCCAACCAAGAUAUGGAUGGAACAAACAUUAUGUGGGGUUUUUCACCCUAUACUCUUAUCAAUUGCUAAUCCAUCGUACAGAAGUCCUCCAGAGUUCACGACCAACGUACCAUACAGAGAUUUCGUGGAGCUGCCAGCUGAUGCCGACGUAUUCUGGGAUGCUUCGGAUCUAGUGAGCAGUCAAGAGACAUCCUUGAACUUUGGCCACUUGUCUAGCAGUAGCUAUGCAGGCUCAUGGACCGAUGCCAGUUACACCGACCUCUUGUCGUGGAGUCCGAAUAGCAGCAUCACCGCCCCAGACUCGACCCGUGCCAGUCUAGCAUCGGCUGCGCCAGAUUCGACUCGUGCUGAUGUCGCAUUGGCACCAAAGCUACCGCAACACGAUGCUAUGGAUUUGGAGCAAACUCCAGCCUAUGAGCAGAUUGAUCCAAGGGAUGUCAUUUUACCACUUCCGCACAGUUGUCCUAUGCAGCACUACCCUUCGCUGUCAUAUCCCUCGCCAUCAGACGAAGCUUCAGUGCAGCCGGCCCCUGCCGCUCCUACGCCGCAAAACGACCAAAGUCUGUCUUGCAGCGAAGACCCUUUCAUGGGAUGGGCUAGCAAAAGAGCGAGUCAGAUGUUUGACGAGUACAACUGGGUACUAUCUCACGUCGAGACCUUGUAGUGUCCGAAGUUGGACCUCCAUUUUCCCCAACAUUACGUAUACUAGAGGCACCUCAUCCUGCUGGUAGCUGAGAGCAAGUGGGAAUAUGUUGG